UGAAACUGCAGAAACUCUUCUAAAUUCAGAAGUACACAUGCUUCUUGAACAUCGUAAGCAACAGAACGAGAGCGCAGAAGAUGAGCAGGAGCUUUCAGAAGUCUUCAUGAAAACCUUGAACUACACAGCGCGAUUCAGCCGCUUCAAAAACCGUGAAACCAUUGCCAGUGUCCGUAGUUUACUGCUCCAGAAAAAACUCCAUAAAUUUGAACUGGCAUGUUUGGCUAACUUGUGUCCUGAGACAGCUGAGGAAGCGAAAGCUUUGAUUCCUAGCCUGGAGGGCCGAUUUGAAGAUGAGGAAUUACAGCAGAUUCUUGAUGACAUUCAGACCAAACGCAGCUUCCAGUAUUAAGGUUAAUCCU